ACUUCCUUCUUUCCAACUUUCUUUCCCCAUAAAGUGAAUGGUAACUCCUCUCCCAGGGGUGAGAGACUCUACAAGGAAGAGCUUCCAGAAAGCACUGCAUUGGUAGUCCAGCCCACCCCUGAUCAGAGCCGCUCCCUGGCUACCCAUAUUUUGCCGUGUAUAAUGCGCUCCCUUGGCUUUGUGUGCAUUAUACGUGGAUUAUACUCAUUAUUAAACCCAUGUAUGAUGCAUUCUUAUUUUCCCUCAAAAAUUUGGGCAAAAAAGAGUGCAUUAUACACAGAAAAAUAUGGUACCUCUCACCCGGGCCUGCCCAGCCCUCAUGACUUGACCCCCAGUUAAUCUUUACCCCUUAUACUCUGCUCCUCUGAGACAUCUCUCACCAUCCUGUCCUGGACAUGUGCUGUUAUUACUGUUUUUCUUCCUUCUCCCUCCAACCUGCCAUAGGACCUUGAGGCCAGGGGGCUGAAUUCACCUGACCACCUGCCUAAUGUACCUUUCUGAAGAUAAUUAUGUAUUCUUGGCUAGAAUUAUGUAUUCAGGUGCUAUCUCUUCUAGAUUGUGAGUUCCUUCAGAGUGGCUGUGCCUUCCUCUCUCAUGGCCCCUCCAGUGCCCGGCACAAGGUGGGCACCAUUAGUGUUUGACGAACAAGGGAAUAAGUGAGCUCACUGAUUGCAUCUGCUCACCAUGCAAGGGCAGUUGUGAAGAAUCCAGUCAAGAGUGACCUCAUCCAUCUGUCACAUUUUAACAGUUCAUUAAGCCCUUUAAAAUUCCCUACUUCACUGAUUGAUCCUUAAGGUGGCAGCUGUUCUUAUGCUCUUUUUACAGGUGGAGAACCAACAUUUGGAAAGGUUAAGUGACUUGCCUGUGGCUACAAAGCCAAUAGGUGGCUGAGCCAAGACAAAAGCAUUUGGCUCUUCCCUGUAGCCUAAUAGACGAGAUUGACUAGAGUGGGCUGUCCAUUCUUCUGUGGUCUGUUUCACCUCUCCCCCUAUCAGAGGCCCAGUAGUGCUGGGUGGUGCAUGCUGGGCUUUUAUAUCUUAUCUUCAAGAAUGAAUGCUAAAGCUCUGGCCAGGUAGCUCAGUUAGUUAGAGUAUCAUCCUGAUUCCCCAAGGUUGCAGGUUCUAUCCCCAGUCAGGGCACAUAAAAGAAUCAACCAAUGAAUGCAUAAAUAAGUAGAACAACAAAUCAAUGUUUCUCUUAUUUAUUCUCUCUCUAAAAAUCAAUAAAUAAAAAAUUUAAAAGAAUGAAUGUUGGGCUUGGGUGGCACCUACAAUUUGCCUUUCCCUUUAACUACCAGAGGGUUCUAUUUCAUCUUUAGAAGUUUUGCCUCAGGAAACCAAGGGCCCAGGAGGGGGUCCAGCAUUGUCCAAGCUCAUGCAUGCCCGGUUUUGUGGGACUUGUGCAGUGAACACUGAGUUGCCACUGUGAGGGUUGUUUCACAGGGAGGGAACUCGGAUGUUCCUUAAGAUGGCCUGAUAUGAAGGAAUCACGCCUCCCGACUCCCCAAGCUGCCUCGUCCUUCAAGUGCAAGAGCUGGUUGAGAUGUCGGGAAUGGAAGCCAAUGUGACUAUCCCAAUCUGGCAAAACAAACCUCACGGGGCUGCUCGCAGUGUAGUAAGAAGAAUCGGGACCAACCUGCCACUGAAGCCAUGUCCCCGGGCAUCCUUUCAGACCCUGCCCAACGUCUCUGAUCUGUGUCUGAGGGAUGUGCCCCCAGUCCCUACUCUGGCUGACAUCGCCUGGAUUGCUGCAGAUGAAGAGGAGACAUAUGCCCGGGUCAGGAGUGAUACACGCCCCCUGAGGCAUACCUGGAAGCCCAGCCCUCUGAUUGUCAUGCAGCGAAAUGCCUCGGUGCCCAACCUGCGUGGGUCUGAGGAGAGGCUCCUGGCCUUGAAGAAGCCAGCCCUGCCAGCCCUAAGCCGCACCACAGAGCUGCAGGACGAGCUGAGCCACCUGCGCAGCCAGAUUGCUAAGAUAGUGGCAGCUGAUGCAGCUUCAGCUUCGGCUUCAUUAACGCCAGAUUUCUUAUCUCCAGGAAGUUCAAAUGUCUCUUCUCCCUUACCUUGUUUUGGAUCCUCAUUCCACUCUACAACUUCCUUUGUCAUUAGUGACAUCACCGAGGAGACCGAGGUAGAGGUCCCCGAGCUUCCAUCAGUCCCCCUGCUUUGUUCUGCCAGCCUUGAAUGUUGCAAACCAGAACACAAAGCUACCUGCAGCUCGUCUGAAGAGGAUGACUGCGUCUCUCUGUCCAAGGCCAGCAGCUUUGCGGAUAUGAUGGGGAUCCUGAAGGACUUUCACCGGAUGAAACAGAGCCAAGAUCAGAACCGGAGUUCAUUGAAGGAGGAGGACCCUGCUGUCCUUAUCUCUGAGGUUCUAAGAAGGAAGUUUGCUCUGAAGGAAGAAGAUAUCAGUAGAAAAGGAAAUUGAUAACACUCAGCUCUGCAAACUCAGUUUUGUGCUCCUGGACUUCCUCAAUAGCUGCCUUCUUCACCGCAGAUGUUUCUGCCUCUCCAUUAGAAGUUUUCUGCAACAGUCUUGCUGAAAGCUAGAACUUGGACUGAAAGAGCUGGAUUGUUUCCCAUACUUCAAAUCUUAGCAGAAGCUAAGGCCUGUUUUGAGUUGAGACACCUAUUACAGGUAAAUGUAUAGGUUGGAAAGUUUCCAUCUAAAGGCUGAGCCAGGAGUUUCCGGUUUUUCCUUACCCCUGUGUGAAAGUAGGUCCUGAAUGACUGACUUCACUGCAUUAGACCCCGUAACUGGUCUCACUGGACCUACUGUACAGUGACACUGUACCCAGCUGUCACUUUCAGCAGCUUCCUUGCAGUCAGCCAAGGGAGCUCUAAAUGUUUAUGUACAUGUUCACAGGGCAGGAAAAAUCUAAUACUGUUCAUAAUACACCAAUGCCCAGCAGUCACCCUCUCCCCUGUCCAACACCUAGAAGUAGAGGUCUGGCCUCUGAACCAGCUGCCGUUGGGGCUGCUUCUAGGAGGCCUGGCUGUUUUUUUUUUCUUAAAUAUAUUUUGUAAUACUGUACAACCAAAUCUACCCUCCAAGGCCCUGGGGCCUCAUUGGUUCCACUGACUGAACUCUUGCUCUUCCAUGGACUGUAGUUUAAGCCCAGUAGAAAAGAGAAAUGGGGAGGGGAAAGAGAAUAUCAUCUUUCUUACAGGCCCUUGACUUCUCCUUUGCAUUGGGACAAGGUUUGUACCCACACCAUGCAUGACUCAGACACCCUCAGGUCCCUUUCUCUACGGUAUGUAUUGUGUGUGUUUGGGUUGAAGCACUACCUGACAUUAAAGGAAGGAUUUGCAGAGA